AUGGAUGGCGACGAAGAACAGUACCUCCGGUGGAAGGUAAUUCAUGUUAAACAAGACGACAAAGAAGAAGAGGAUGAUGAAACUGAGGACCAGCAAGAAGGGGAGUUGUGUGAUUCACUUGAUGGUGAAGUUGAGUAUGAUGAUGUCGACAGUGAUAGUGAUGAAGAAGAUGAAUAUCAGAGUGAGACAAGCGUUAAACAAAAUGCUAUCAAUAAUAAAAGACAAAGAGCUAAGAAAUCUAAUUGUCAUGGGAAAGCACUUUUCAGAAAUGCUGAAAGAGGAAGGUCGGAUGGAAGAAAAGCUAGGAACUCUGCUUUUAAUGUGACAGCACCUUCCAGAAAUGCUGAAAGAGGAAGGUCGGACAGAAUAAGAGCUAGGAAAUAUGAUAGGGCUGGUCAACAACACUCUGGUAAGAGCGGGGAUACCGUCUCUUUGGAAACUUCUAGAGGAAGACAAACUUAUUUGAGACAUAAUAUCCAUCAGAUUUCAAGAGCAAGAUCGAAUUUCUCUCAAAGCAAGGGGAGGUCAUUACCAGAAAAGAAGGCUAGUGCUUAG